AUGAAGAGAUAUGUCGAUAUCACAAGUUCCAGAACAGGCCCCCCACUGGCAAAUGAGCCUCUACUGAAAGAGGAGUACGAAAUUGCACUCACAACUGCCCAGGAAUCCGCGGAAGGAGAACAGAUGUGUGAGCUAGAGUAUGAAAACUCAAACUCGAAAGUGGAGGAAGUGCACCAAACUGGAGAGGAGGUGAACAAAAAAGAGAAAAAUCCGCAGGUGGAAGCUGAGGCAAUACCAACCGGC